AUGGCGUCUCAGACAACCUUCAGCGACACUAACCAUGGGUUUCAGGUGGGAGUCAACCACGGAUCGGUCACAAACCAGUUUCUCCCAUCCGAGCGUUCCGAGACCCCGCCUAGCCCCUCCCUAUCGAUCCCGUUUCUCCGCGAUCCAGAUUUUGUCGAUCGUGGGACGAUCCUGAAACAGCUCCACCACCAAUGUGCUGCCCCAGGGUCCUGGACAGCACUGGUGGGUCUAGGUGGUGUUGGAAAAUCGCAGCUAGCGAUUGAAUAUGCGUAUCAAAUCCACGAGCGCGAACCACAAACGUGGGUUUUCUGGAUCUAUGCCAGCAAUGCCGCCCGGUUUGAGCAGAGCUACCGGAACGUCGCAGACACAGUGAAGCUGUCUGGGCGGCAGGAUUCCAAGGCCAACAUUUUUCGCCUGGUAUAUAACUGGCUGCAGGACCGUAAGAAUGGAAAGUGGAUUGUGAUUCUGGACAAUGUCGGCAAUGCCGAAUUUCUUGAUCGCCACGAGGCGGUGCAAGGUCUGGCUAAUCAUGAAAAUGGUAGCGCAGAUCGUCCGCUACGAGAGUAUCUUCCACGGAGCCAGAACGGGCGUAUUCUGAUAACAUCACGGAGCAAGGAGGUCGCAUUGCAGCUGGUGGAUCGGCGCGAUAUUGUCUUGGUCGAAACAAUGGACCAGGCCGAAGCAGUAGCGCUGUUUGAGAAGAAGUCUGGAAAACAAGACAACCGCCAGGACAUCAUCGAGCUUACUGCAGCGCUGGACUUUUUCCCGCUGGCAAUUGUCCAAGCGGCAGCAUAUAUUUCCGACCCUGAUCGGGGUUGCUCGGUACGACAGUACCUCGACGAGUUCCGAAAGAGCGAUCGCAAGAAAGUCCGCUUACUGGGCCGCGGAGAGGGACAGUUCCGUCGAGAUUGGGAGGCCGAAAACUCAGUCCUCACGACAUGGCAGAUCUCGUUUGACAGCAUACGUGAAAGCCGACGGUCGGCGGCCGAUUUGUUGUCGCUUAUGAGUUUCUUCGACCGGCAAGGGAUUCCUGAGGCGCUUCUUCAAAGUUCAAGCGAAAAGCGAAACGUGGACCCGAGUAGUAGCGAUGACGAUGACGAUGACAGUCAAUCACAGUCCGGUGUAACCGAGGAAUUUGAAGACGACAUUCUUAUACUGCGCAGAUACUCCUUGAUCUCUAUUAAUGCGGACCAAAGGACGUUCAACAUGCACGGCCUGGUGCAGCUCGCGACGCGAAGAUGGCUAGAAGUGCAUGGUGAGCUGGCGAAGUGGAUGCGGCAGUCUAUCCAGAACCUGAAUGCGAAACUCCCCACAGGAGAGUAUGAGAAUUGGGCGCAGUGUCAAGUGCUUUACCCACAUGCAAAGUCGGCGGCCAGCCAGCGUCCCCACAAACGCGACUCAUUAAUGGAGUGGGCUGCAGUGUUAUUUAAGGCCGCAUGGUAUGACUGGCAAAAAGGCAGUAGGGCCGAGGGGGAGAGACUGUCGCUCAAAGCAAUGGAAGCUCGGAUGAAAUAUCUCGGUCCAGAACAUGAAGAUACGCUAGAGAGCAUAGGAAUGGUGGGGUUGAUUUACCAGAGUCAGGGUCGAUGGAAGGAAGCGCAAGAGCUGUUUCUACAGGUGGUGGAGACAAUGAAGAGGGUGCUGGGUGCAGAACAUCCUGUUACUCUGACAAGUAUGGCCAACCUGGCCUCGACAUAUCGGGAUCAAGGGCGAUGGAAUGAGGCAGAGAAUCUGGAAUUGCAGGUGAUGGAGAUAACGAAGAGGGUGCUAGGUACAGAGCACCCUGAUACUCUGAAAAGCAUGGCCAACCUGGCCUCGACAUAUCAGGAUCAAGGGCGAUGGAACGAGGCAGAGGACCUGGAAUUGCAGGUGAUGGAGAUAAUGAAGAGGGUGCUAGGUACAGAGCACCCUGAUACUCUGAAAAGCAUGGCCAACCUGGCCUCGACAUAUCGGGAUCAAGGGCGAUGGAAUGAGGCAGAGGAUCUGGAAUUGCAGGUGGUGGAGAUAAUAAAGAGGGUGUUGGGUGCAGAACAUCCUGUUACUCUGAAAAGCAUGGCCAACCUGGCCUCAACUUAUCGGGAUCAAGGGCGAUGGAAUAAGGCAGAGGACCUGGAAUUGCAGGUGAUGGAGAUAAUGAAGAGGGUGCUAGGUACAGAGCACCCUGAUACUCUGAAAAGCAUGGCCAACCUGGCCUCGACAUAUCAGGAUCAAGGGCGAUGGAACGAGGCAGAGAAUCUGGGAUUACCGGUGAUGGAGAUAAGGAAGAGGGUGCUGGGUGCAGAACAUCCCGAUACUCUGACCAGCAUGGCCAACCUUGCCUACACCUGGAGAUCUCAAGGAAGGCGUACAGACGCCUUGGCCUUAAUUCAAGAAUGUUGUGUACUGCGCAACAAAGUAUUGGGGCACAAUCAUCCAGACGCCAGAGAGUCCUAUUCCGCUCUUCUUAGCUGGCAGGAAGAGCAUCAAUUGGUCCCAAAUCGAAACUUUCCCUCCGCACCACCUCAGAUUGAACAAACAGAGCAUCUGCAGGAGGGUCAAGCACAGCAUUUUACAGUUGCGACAAUGGCUCAGCCGCCCAGCCCACAGUUAACUAAAUCGCCUCACAACCAAAGACGGCUUGGACCAGGACUCUUCCUUUGGAAACCCCCACUUAUCAUAGCUUCCAGAGGACCUUCAUCGGUGCCGGGAAGCCAAGACUUACACGAAAUUGAUUGA